GGAUCGCGGAUCGCGCGUGGAAGCCACGCGGUGUCUAAUAAUACAGUGCGUCGCGGGAGUACCGAAGGAAGGCGGUUCGUAUUACGGAUCCCCGCUUCUCGAGUUGCCAGUUACGGAUCGACAAUCGCAAACUCGGAAGAAGUAAUCUGGAUAUAUUAUGGCGUCCAACCCGAAGUACAGGAUCGCGCAUUCGAAAAAACUUGGGAGGUACCUUGUGGCGGCAAAAAACAUAGCGCCAGGGGAAGUUAUAAUCCGAGAGGAACCGAUCGCCGUCGGUCCGAUGACGUACAGGACGGAUCGCUUAUGCUUCGCAUGUUUGCGCUCGCUACUUAAAAUCGGCGGAGGGAAACAGCAUACUUGUUCCAGAUGUAACGUUGCACGGUUGUGCAGCGUUGCGUGCGAAGCGCGCACGAACCAUCACACGAGUGACGAAUGCCAGAUAUUUAAAGAUAAUCGGGAUCUAUUGACGGGAAGCGCAGUUGACGCAGCAGGUAUCCUGCUAGUUUUACGAUUAUUGCUAAUACAAUACAAGAAUCCUGCCGUGUGGGAAGAAAUAAACCGCAUGGAGGCUCAUUUGGAGAAAAGGAUAGGCACGCCUGUUUGGAAGGACAGAGAAACUAAUGUUGUAGACGUGAUCCGAAGGCUUCACAUGCCUACCGAGACCGAGCCACCGAGUACGGAAUUAAUGCAGAAGCUGUGCGGUAUUCUAGAUGUAAAUGCGUUCGAGCUGCGAACACCCGACGCACUUGACGGUCUUCUUCUUCGGGGCUUGUACACCGAAGCGACCCUGAUGGCCCAUGACUGCAGGGGCAACACUCACCUCACCGUGGACGAUAACUUCCGGCUGACCGUUUACGCGAGCGUAGCAAUCAAAGAGGACGAGCCUAUUCUUUUUAAUUAUACCUCGUCAUUGCUGGGCACAGCUGACAGAAGAGAGCAUCUUCGAGAGGGAAAGUACUUCGAGUGCGAGUGCUCCUUGUGUAAAGAUCCUUACGAAUUACAAUCGCAUUUAAGUAGCGUGCUGUGUCCACGUUGUAAAAAGGGGUUCGUAGGAAUACAAGAUACUUCCAUGAUCGACCCAUACGACCGUAGUCGAUGGCAAUGCCAGAUGUGCAAGAGGAUCUACGGCGGCCGUCUUAUAAGAGCUACGUUGAACAUAUGCAGAACGUUAAUUGACGAAUGCGAGGAUGACGUAAAAAGUAUAGAUGGCUUGCUUAAAAGAUUAUCCCGAUCAUUGCACACCAAUCACUUUCUGAUGCUGUCCUUGAAGCAGAAAUUAUUGACAGCGUGUAGGAAAGAAAUAACGUCUCCCAAUCCACAGAAAAAGAUUAUACAGAAAAUGUUGAAUACGUGUAAGGAAGUCUAUAAUGUCUUGGAAAUCGUAGAGCCAGGAAUAUCACGUUUAAAAGGCAUAAUGUUGUACGAGAUGCAUUUACCUACGAUAAUAUUAGCAAAUCGGUCUUACUCCGCGCGUGAGAUCUCAUCAGCGCAGUUAGCUUGCCAAUUAGAAGAGGCCAGGAAUCUUCUGAAAAAAGCCCUGAACAUGCUUCUUUUGGAACCAGCCUCGACUCCAGAGGGGAAACUGGCUAAGAAAGCGCUGGAAGAAUUACGAACGCUAAACCAAAACAUAAACGACAUUAAAUCCUUACCACCGGAGGAGCCGAAAACCCAUACGCGUAAAGCAAAGGAACACCGCAAAAAGAUCAAAUGACAUCCCAUUCUAUCAGUUCUCUGAAUUUACAUAUGGAAAAUCUUUUUUUUUUCUCUCUUUGCAAUAAAGUCAAAAUAAUCAUUGUAAUAUAUUACGCGUGAAUAUUAAAUAAAAAGAAAAUUUACAUUAUCUUGAAUUUA